GAUAGAACAAAGCAACAAAGCCAAAAGCUAAAACACACUUUCCUAAUCUUCUAUACAUUAAAAGCUUUGACCGACUAUUACCCUAAAUUCUCUCCACUACGAUUCAAGCACACCUCUGUACAAUUCCCCUCUUAACUGCUUGUGUGACAUGUCUGUUGGUAUCAUCAUUCUUUUGUUUUCAUUGUGAUCAGUAAGUGCAACUACUGAUUAUUGUACUUGUUGCUCUUCUUUACUCACUUCCUCUUCAUUUUUUGACAGUGCAUCAAACUUUUUGUGAUCCUGCAGCAGCCACUUUUUCUCCAGAUGUUUGCACACUAUUUCCUUUUUCUUCUGUACCUUGUUUAGCAUUCCACUGUGCAAGAACUAGCCAGCUUCCUAGGAGGAAAAUUGUUGCCCUUUCCCUGCUUCACUCUUAUCUCCAGGCACUGCUUCUUGUUUCCUUGGCUCCUUCUCUUUGUUAUCCACCUUUCCUUUCUCUGUGUUAUCCCCUUUAGAGUUCAAGUUAUAUACAUCGCAAUAUAAAAAUAAAAAAUUACACCAUCAAGUCAUUUUUACUUGUUAUAGUAGAUAAUUAUCCUAUUUUCAAGAUUUAUCCUACAUUUUGAAACUUAUUUAUAGUUAAUAUAAAAAAUUAUUUAUACUGAAGGUGUACAUAACUUAAAACUCUUGUUAUAAAAAGAUUUAGCAUAGAAGUUAAAGGGUUAAUUACCGUAUUGGAAUUCCCCCCAAAAGGAAAACUCAUUGUCUUCUCUAUCACCAAAUUCAAAAGUAUCUUUAUUUGCCUCUAUAAUCUCAAGAGUCACAGACCCCUCGUUUAAUAUUCAUUCUUGUGGCUUAAUCCAAAAACUAAUUAAGCAUCAAUGGAAGUCACAACAGGUCUCAAUUUAUCUGUUCAUAUAGAUGGCCAUAAUGACAUUUUCACGUGUGAUAUUUGUGCUGAUGAAAAAUCUACAAGUACUGACAUGUUCAAAAUUUUGGGCUGCAAUCAUUCUUAUUGCAAAAAUUGCACGGCUAACUAUAUAGCCUCAAAACUCCAAGAGAACAUCUCUCGAAUAUCGUGCCCCGUUAUGGAGUGUAACAUGCAAUUAGAACCGCAUAAUUGUCGUUUGAUUUUGCCUAAUGAUGUGUUCGAUAAGUGGGGAGACAAGUUGUGCGAGUCGAUGAUUUUGGUGUCCGAGAAAUUUUAUUGUCCGUUUAAGGAUUGUUCCGCACUUUUAAUUGAUGAAUGCCCGGGCGAAAAUAUGGUUAUUACUCAAUCGGAAUGCCCGGAAUGUAGAAGGUUGUUUUGUGCAAAGUGUAAAGUUCCUUGGCAUUCAGGAUUUGUGUGUGAAGAAUUUGAGAAGUUGAACAAAGAUGAAAGGGAAAUAGAAGGUAUACAACUUAUGCAACUUGCUAAGAAUCAAGAAUGGCAAAGAUGUCCAAGUUGUAGGAUGUAUGUUGGGAGAUCAGAAGGCUGUGCACAAAUGAGAUGCAGAUGUGGAUGUGACUUUUGUUACAAAUGUGGGGCACACUCAAGUGAUCACUACUGCAGUAGUUGUGGUACUUAAAAGACAUUUACUGUACUUCUAAGGGUUUUUUCUUUCUUUCUUCUUUCGGUUAUGUUAUGUACUUCUGUUCUAGAAAAGAAAAAGUCCAAUAUUUCAAUGAACUUGUUUCAAGUGCUUCUUGGCACAUAGAGGUGGUUUUGUACUAAUUACUAAAGGGCUACUUCUUAUCAUGAUUGCAUGUAUUUACAUUGUUUAUUA